AUGCCCCAAAUAAAAUUAUCAACCACAGCAAACUCAACCUUAGGAGAUAUGAGUGAUAAUGAAGUCUCCGGAAAUGAAUCUGAACAUUCAAAUUCUAGCCGUGAAAAUGAUGUUGCUCAUGAAUCUACAGAAGAUGAGCCCGAUUCUGAUGAUAGUUCGGAAAUGGAUGAAGGUGAAUGUGAAACAAGAAGAACUACUUUGUUACAGCAUGUUCAAGAUCUAGAGAAUCAAUUUGGACAUCUUCGUGAACAGUUAUACAGAGAAAGGCUUACACAGGUCGAAAUGCAAUUAGCAGAAGUGAAAACUGGCAAAUCUCCUGAUUAUUUAAUAUCUUUGCAUGAACUGCAAGAUAACAUGAGAAUAAGAACGGAAGUAGCAGGUGUUUUAAGGCAGUUACGGCUUCAAAAUAUUGGGAAUCAGUAUGAAGCUGAAGAGCAAGCUGCUCGACAGAACUUUGAGAGUGAAAAAAGUCUUGCUUGUGAUUAUUAUUAUAGUGAAUUAAUGGAAACUAUAAGAAGAUUGGAAGAGGACAGACAUAACAGUGAGAUAAGCUGGGGAGAAGGUGGGGAAUGGGGUUCUAGGUCCAGGUCUAGAUCUAGAAGAAAGGCAGUGACAGUAUCUGGGCCCUACAUUGUCUAUAUGUUGAAGCCUCAGGAUAUUUUAGAAGACUGGACAGUCAUCAGAAAAGCCCUUAAGAGGACAUCCUGA